GAAUGAGGAAGGGGGAGGGAAGGGGGAAACCAAUAACAAAGGAUACCCAAGAAAAGCCAGUUCUGACAACAUCUCCCUGGGACACUGAGUAAAGGAAUUGGACAGCAGGGGGCUGGCUAAUCUGCCCUGAUUGGGAAGGGGAGCAACUUCCUGCAGGACUCAUUUGCUUAGUAGUUGCCUUCUCCAAUCCGACUAUGGGGGUGGGGGACUCCCCAGGGACCCAAGAAUAACUUUCAGCAAACUUCCAGCAGGUCUGUGAGGUCCUUAGGCUUUGCCUAUUUGCUGAGGACCUAGAGCCUUAAACCUGGAGCCAUGACAAAGCAAGUGAUAUUGCCUCUUUUCAAUAGCCACAAAAAAGUGGGGAGAAGCUAAAGAUUCUUUGGCUGUUAUAUUUGACGGUGGUUCCAGAUACUUCAGAGUGGGGUAUGGCGGAGAACGGGCCCCUCGAUUUGUUUUCCCAUGCGUGGUUGGGCGCUACAAAAAGCAGGCAAAAAUUAUUCUCAUUUCAGAGAAGAGGGCAUGGUCAGCUCAUGGUCUUACAGUGCUUCAGGAUGGGAGCUGAGAGGGGAGCUCGGGCGUCUCAGGCCAUACUUGUUCAUCCUGGGCCGUAAGGGACCAAAUGUGAUGCAUGGAUUGGAUGAAAAGGAUACUUUCAUUGGUGAUGAAGUCACUGAUAAUUGGAGAAAGCUUACGGUGAAAUACCCUGUUGAACAAGGAAUUGUCACCAACUGGGAGGACAUGGAAAAGAUCUGGCACCAUGCUUUCUACAAUGUGCUCCGGGUAGACCCAGAACAACACCCUCUCCUGGUGACUGAAAGCAUCACCAACCCAAAGGCCAACAAAGAGAAGUUAGUUGAGAUUAUGUUUGAAACAUUUGGAGUUCCAGCCUUGUACGUAGCCAUCCAGGACAUUUUGUCCCUUUUCUCUUCGGGCCGGACCACCGGAUUUGUGGUGAAUUCUGGGGAUGAAGCAACCUACCAUGUUGCCAUCAAUGGCGGCUACAUCAUGUCUGGUACCAUCAUGAACCUGGAGGUAUCCGGCCAGGACCUCUCUACAUACCUGAUGAAGCUUCUCAGUGACAAAGGCUACUCCCUGAAGACCCGGGCUGAAUGGGAAAUGGUCAGAGACAUCAAGGAGAAAUUGUGUUAUGUGGCUUUGGACUACAGGGAGGAGAUGGACACCGAAGAAUCCUCCAUACAGAAGAAAUAUAAGCUCCCUGAUGGUCGUGACAUCACCGUGGGCAAAGAGAGGUUCCUCUGUCCUGAGGCUUUGUUCGAACCAUCUGUGCUUGGGGUCCCAUUUCCAGGUCUUCACAAAAAUAUAUAUGAAAGCCUCAUAAAACAUGACUUUGAAAUAAGGAAGAUCUUUUAUGUGAACACUAUCCUCUGCGGGGGCAACAUGUCAUUCCCAGGUAUGGGUGAACGGGUGGCGAAGGAAAUCAAGGAACAAGCACCCAAGAUGACUAAGAUUAAGGUGGUUGUGCCAGCAGAAUGCCGCUUCUCUUCCUGGUUUGGCGGCUCCCUCUUGACCACUCUGAACUCUUUUCAACACAUGUGGAUCUAUGACUAUGAAUAUGAGGACUGCGGCAGCUCCAUCAUUCACCAACGACAGUUCUGAAUUUGGUCCAGCCCCCGCGUCCCAGUUCUAAGCUGGGUUCUCAAUAAAAAGCUGGGGUGCCGAGACACAUC